GCAUUAACUCCUGAUGAAAACGAAGGAAAAGACACAUCAUGCGAAGCCGGCACUAAUAUCUGCGAGAUUAUAACACACAUAAGCAAUAAUAAUACAAAGAUGAUUACUAGCAUUAGAUCGAUUAAAGAUUUUAAAAAUGCGACACAAAUUAAACUCUUUAAAAGCGAUAUUAAUAAUAAUGGUGAACAUUUUCAGUCUCUUGAAGUUAUAUUGGAAGGAAAAGAUAGUGACAAUGUAAAUCAGAGCGUAAAUAUAACUUUCUUUAUUGGACAUACCGAAAAUUCUGAACCAAUUGUAAAAGAAUACAAGGAUAAUAAAUUAUAUAUUGAAUGGAAUAUUGAAGGUCCUAGUGUAACAGAUGAUGAUAGUAAAGGAUGGAAAUAUUUGUUGGCUUCUUGGGAUAUUUGCUCAUAG